AAGAAGAGGAGGAGGAGGAGGAGGGAGAAAGAGAAAUUAUUCAGGCCGUAGACGAAGAAGAGGUAGACGAAGAAGAGGACGACGAGGAAGAGGAUGACGAACAAGUUUUCACUUCUCGUAAACCUGUUAGCCGUAAUCCAAACAAACGAAAGAAGCCAGUUGAACAAGAGAGUGAGGAAGAAGGGUUCUCUGAUGAUGAUGCGGAAAUUGUGCAGAAUCGACCCAUGACCAAGCGACAACGGGCUAAAGUGUAUCAAGAGAUACCUGAAGAAUUUUUGGAGUUACCAAUGGAUACUGGCAAAAAGAAGCUUUUAACAGAAGAAGAAGAACAGUUAAAGAAAUCCGAAGUGGCCAGAAGAAGAAAGAAUCAAAGUAUUCAACGAGCGGAAAAGGAUAAAGCGGAUACGAUCAACCGAUUAUUAAAAAAGCAAGCUUCCAAGAGUAAACGUAUUAUUGAUGAUGGGGAUGAUAAAGGAACGACGGCCAAUGAGAAAUUAAUGAAAUCAGAGGAUCCUAACCGUUUACGUUAUAUCCAUACGUCAAAGGGAAGCCAACUUUGUAUACCCACUGUAUUUACACUUCAACAGAUAUUUGGCGAAACAAUUAGCAAAAAAUCAACACCACCCGGACAAGUAAAGAAAUGUGAGGUCAGUGGCUGUCAAAAGAAUCGUAAAUAUACUGCCAAAAGAAGUGGAAAAUCUGUCUGUUCGCUAGAUCAUUACAAGUUGGUCGAUGCCAUUUAAAAAAU